CAAAAUAACAUUUAUUCAAAGAAAAUAAUCAGUUACAAUACUCUUAACAAUCAAGAAAGAAUACACUAAAAUACAGGACACAUAGCAUAACACAAUUGUAUUGCAUUUAGGAAUCAUAUACAUAGGCUACACAGACCAUAUAGCAGAUACAUUGCAUAAUAUGGCACACAUUGAUCCCCUCAUAUAUGUGUAUAAAACCUUAAUACAAUGCUAUUAAAUCUAUUACAGUGUAACAGAGAUUUCCAUACAUAUGUAUAAAGCAACAUUACAAUGUUAUACCUUAAAGAAACCUAAACAAUAACAUUCUAUAAGUGAUGCUUAUUCAUUCAUAGAAUGGGUGAGAUACAAAUCCAUUCAAACGCAGGCAUCCACCUUUAUUUACAAUCAUACUCAUGCAUUCCUUAUAAUUAAAAAGGAAUUAUAUACUUACUUUCCUUCUUUAUAAUCCCUCUGUACUAUCUCAAGGGUCCUUCUGUUCUGUCAGCUACUGCUGCUUCUUCACUGCUAACUCUUGCUCUUCUCCUGCUACCUUCUUGCUUUGCUCCUGCUUGCUCUCUUCCACUCAUACACACACCCAAGCCUGUCAGCUCUCUGCCUUAUAUACAAUUUUUGGCCUUCUUUGAUUGGUUGCUUUCUCAAUUCCAGCUAUUAGCAUGGAUCUUCCCCAUGGGGUGAUACCUGCUUACCCAAUCAGCUUUACUUGUCAUUUUUGCUGAACCUAGUUGAGAAGCUCCUCCUCACCCCUCCCUUCAGACAUUUUGGAGUUAGCUCAGCCCCGCCUUGCUGAACUUUAUUUCACCAUAAUCUUCUGUCUGCCAUUGGUCAAUUCAGUCCAAAUCAUCCAUUUUGAUGUCUCUAAUAUAAAAUUAUUAUGGUUGCUAUUUUAGAUUUCUAUCUAUAAACUAUCAUUAUUUCUUAUCAAAAGCCUUAAAUCUGAAACGAACUACAUUUCUAUGCAUGUUUAAGCAUUAUGACACCGUCACCACCUUUGUUAUGUUAAUUGGGAGAGAUGAUUUCUACAAUGUUUUCUGCCCCAUCUUUGGAUGUUUAGAGUUGCCUGGCCUGACUGCUUUCCAUGGUACUGUUGAUUUCCUUACACAGCAAAGAGCAGCUAAAAGCCUCUUGUAUCACAAGGAGGGAGCCCAGCUGCACCAAGUGACUGAGCAACCUGGGGGGGAGGAACAUGACCCUGCAUAUACCCCCCUCCCUGGCAUCAUCUCUGACUGGAGGAUAGCUAAUGUAACACCUUUUUUUUUUUUUUUUUUUUUUAAGGCUCCAGAGGCGAUCCUGGAAAUUACAGGCUGGUAGGCCUAACUUCAGUACCAGGUAAAAUGGCUGAAACUAUAGUACAGAAAAGAAUCAGACACACAGAUGAACACCAUUUGUUGGGGAAGAGUCAACACGGUUUUUGUUAAGAGAAAUUAUACCUCAUCAAUUACAAUUAUUUGUGUUUGGGGGGAAGGGGGUCAACAAAGAUCUGGAUAAGAGUGAUCCAGUGGAUAUCAUUUACUUAGCCUGUGCCAAGGUCCCUCACCAAAGCCUCUAAAGCAAAGUCAUGGGAUAAGAAGGAAGUUCGUCUCACGGAUCAGUAACUGGUUAAAAGAUAGGAAACAAAAGGUAGGAAAAAAUGGUCAGUUCUCACAAUGGACAGAGGUAAAUAGCAGGGUUCCCCAAGGAUCAGUACUGGGACAAGUGUUGGUCAAUCUAAUCAUAAAUGUCCUGGAAAAAAGAUAUAAGUCCAAAAGAUAGUAAGAUAAGUCCAAAAGAGAAUAAGUCCAAAACUGACUGUGAAGAGUUACAAAGUGACUCUCAAAACUGGGUGACUGGGUAAUAAAAUGGCAGAUGAAAUUCAAUGUUGAUAAAUGAAAAGUAAUGCACAUUGGAAAACAUACUCCCAACUAUACAUCCAAAAUGAUGGAGUCCAUAUUAGCUGUUACCACUCAAGAAAGAGAUCUUGAAGUCAUUGUGGAUAAUUUUCUGAAAACAUCUGCUUAAUGUGCAGUGGCAGUCAAAAAGCAGAAAGAAUGUUAGGAACUAUUACGAAAGGGAUAGAUAAUAAGACAAAAAUAUCAUAAUGCCACUAUAUAAAUCCAUGGAAAAAAUGAUAUAUAAGAACUGGGAAAAGUACAGAGACGGGCAACAAAAAUGUUUAGGGGUAUGGAACAGCUUCCAAAUGAGAAGACAUUACAAAGACUGGGACUGUUUAUCUUAGAAAAGAGAUGACUUAGGAGGGAUAUGAUAGAGGUCUAUAAAAUAAUCAGCGGUGAUGAGAAAGUGAACAAGUGUUAUUUACCCCUGCAAAUAACACAAGAUUCAAUGAAAUUAUUAGGCAGCAGGUUUAAACCAAACAAAAGGAAGUACUUCUUCACACAACUCAAAGUCAACCUGUGGAACUCUCUGCCAGGGGACAUUGUGAAGGCCAAAGGUAUAACUUGGUUAAAAAAACAAUUAGAGAAGUUCAUGGAGGAUAGGUCCAUCAAUGACUGUUAGCCAAGAUGAUCAGGGACUCAACCCCAUGGUCUGGAUGUCCCUAAGCCUCUCACUGGACUAAGCUGAGACGGGACAAAAGGGAACAGAUCACUUGAUAAACACCCUGUUCCAUUCAUUCCCUCUAAAGCACCUGGCACUAGCUGCUGUCAGAAGAUAGGAUACUGGGCUAGAUGGACCACUGGACUGACCCAAUGUGGCCAUUCUUAAGUUUUAGGAAUGAGGCAUAUACUUUAAAUGGGAAAUACACCUUUCAGAAACAACCUGAGUUGUUGAAAAAUGUGUCAAAUUAAACCACAUAUAACAUUUUUCAAGACGCUUUUAGCAUUUCUCUCAAAUCAGAAUUUACAUUUUUCUAGGCAGUUUAAGUUCAUACUUAACAAAUGUAUGGUAAAUGUAAUUUUCAAUCAUUCCUUAAGCAUUUACAUCAUGUUUAAAAUAAUUACUCCUCAGUGAAUUCUGCACCACUGCAUGCACGUAGAAUUAAUGACCCCCAGAGAUUUCUUUGCUUCCCCACAGAAAAAUGACUUUCUGACAGGCACGCAAAGGGAACCCACAAAAGCAGUCACGUGCCCCUCCCCAGCAGCACGGGCAUGUCAUUUAGGGUGCCCAGAGCAGCCAGCGGAUAGGUAAAUCACUGGGGGGCUGGGGAUGCCUUAGCCAGGGUCAGGUCAGAUGUCCGCUCAACCUCCAUGCAUCCAGACCCCCUGCACCCCGACUGCCCCCCAUCCCAUCCCCUGUAUCUGGAGGGGGGCAGUCCCCCCCCAGUACCCAGACCCCCCUGCUGAUCCGCAACCACCUUCACUUGUCCUGCAGAGUCCCAUUGCCCCUGCACCCAGAAACACAAUGAGCCUCUGACCAUGCAGAUCCCUCGUGCACUCAGACCCUCCCACCACUGAACCACCCGCACCCAGAUUGCCCCACACAGAACCCUUUCAACCCACUCCUGGAUUCCCCCUGAGUCUCUAAACAGUUGGAUCCUGCCAGGCAUAAAAUUCUGCCAAUUUUGUCAAUAAAUAAAUGUGGAGGCUCAGCACUAACAUGGCAGUGGGGAGCACAAGCCACUGGCUGCACAGAGGUGGAAGAUCACCCUGCAGCCAUUCACCCCCUUGCUCACCACGGACCUCUGGCCCAGCUCAGGCCAUUGUGCUGUGUCAGGAUUGGGUGCAGGUUCACUGAAAAGUCUGAGGGAGGAGUGAAUGAGGGGCACAUGCUGGGGGGAGACUAGAGGGAAGUCCCUCAAAUAGAGGGGAAUGGGAAAAUGGUAUACAUGGAACUUGAGGAAGCAGGAAUAGAGGAAUGGCAGGAGUCCACAGGGUGAGCAAUAAGCUCAACCAACAGAAGCUGUAAAUAAAAAUCAUUUUUCGUUAUUACACGUACUAAAAACAUAAUGGGAAAUCAUCACAUCUAUCAUUCGCAUAUUGUAAAUCAAAUUUAGGUUGGGAGGGAGCUUGUGUAAAAUAUCACUCGCACUUAAAGUGGCCCCUCAGAAGCCUUGUGUUUGUCAUUAACUGAUCACAGAAUUUAUUUAGUUCAGAACAAUAUCUGAGGGGCUGGGUUGCCUCCAGUUGGUGGGGUUGGAGCCAAGGAAACAUUCCUUCACAUUACGUUAGGCAGCAGAGCAAUUUCAAAAUAAAACUGUAGCGAGUACAUCGAUUCCAGGCACCUGUUGGGAGGCUGCUUCCUCUGACCCAGACUGACUGGCCUCAAAGGGCCGAAGCAGCAGAAUGUUGCUAGUCACCGACUCCACAAAGCCCAGGCAAACCGCCGGGAAGCGGGGCACAUGCACCACCGCCGCUCCGCACGGGGAUCCUGGGCGGGCGGCCUGGCACCCAACAGACCCCCCCUCCCCCAGGCCUUAAGCAAGAAGCUUAGGGGGGCAACGCCCGGAUGCAGCGGCUCAUUGCCGCCCCGCAGCCCAGCUCACGGACCCUCCCCUUGCUCAGGCCCGGGGGCUCCAGCGCCUGCUGGGCCCCGCACGUGCCACAGCUCGCGCAGGAUCCCGGCCAGUCGCCCACUCCCUGCGCGCGCGAGGGAAGGGCGGGGGCGCGGAGGACUUUGCCAGGACCUCCUCUGUCGCAAAUUGUGUGCCUCGUUCCAACGCGAGCACACUGCACGUGCGCCGGGGGGGGGGGGGGGGGCACGAGACGCCGGAGUGUUGUCUGUCCUCGCGCACCGACCCCGUUGUGAGGCGCGCGAGCCCGAGCCGGGUGGAACGGCACAGAGCGGCGAAUCGUGUUAAUUCUGUCUCGCCUCUUGACGCGUCACACGCGUGCGACUCGAGCUCCCGAUGCCCGCGUCCUCCCAGCGGGCGGGAAGCGAGAUCUCGCGAGGUUUCGACCUGGCGAGGUCGGCGUGGGACCGGGGGGCGUCGCUCGGUUCGUUGGUGCUGAGUUUGUAGAACAAUAGGCGCGUCAGCGGCGGCCAGCGCGUGCAGGGAGAAGAGAUAUUUUAAAUAUUAUUGGUGGAUGAUGGGACAUCUCUCUUGCAUAACCUUCUAAUGUCCAACAAUACAGUCAUCUGGUGGUGGUGGUGUAACUACCUCAUUCAUUACAAGUCUGCGGCUGUAAAAUGAUCCUGCUCUGAGCACAUCCAUUCAUUGUUACACCAUCUGGAUUCAAGGGCUACUUUGCAGAGGAAUGUGGGCCACUAAACGCAUGUGUAGCAUCCAAAGGCAAUGGCCUUCAUUGAAAGAGCAUGGACUUCAUGGUAGCAUAUUUUUAAAAAUUCACCGGUUUUGGACGGAUGUUCUGGGUUACUGCCAUCUAAGAGCCACACAUGUUAAAGCCACAUAUAAUGUACAGAAUGAAUGGCUGAUAAUGGACAUGGCAACCGCUGUUGGUGCUAAGAAAGUUAAAACAGCCUAUGGGAAAGGGUCCAAAGCAGCAUACGAUGAAAGACAACUCAUGAUGGAAGCAAAAAUGAAACAUCUCAACCUGUCAUUUGCAGCUUGUGGGUUUCUGGGUAUAUACCACUUGGGGGCAGCAUCUGCUCUUUGCAGGCAUGGUAAGAAGUUACUGAAGGUUGUGAAGGCUUUUGCAGGAGCUUCUGCAGGAUCACUGGUUGCCACAGUUCUGUUAACAAUGCCAGAAAACAUAGAGGUUAGGACAGCAGUUCUCAACCGGGGAUCUGUGGCCCCCUGGGGAUCCAUGAGCCGGUUUCAGGGGGUCUGUGAGCCCCAAGCCCUGGUGCCCUGUGGAGCAGAAGCCCCGAGCCCAUGGGCAGAGUUGGUGGGGAGAUCGGAGGAAUGCGAAGCGUUUACCUAUAACUUUGCAGAGGAAAUUAGAAAACUGUACUUUGGUGCAGUGACACCAGGUUAUGAUUUCAUGACACGACUUAGGGCAGGUAUAGAAUCUUUUCUUCCUUCUAAUGCUCAUGAGAUAGCAGAGAAUCGUCUCUAUGUAUCAAUCACCAACACUAAAAAUGGAAAAAAUUAUUUGGUUUCAAAUUUUGCCUCCAGGGAGGACCUCAUUAAGGUCCUCCUGGCCAGCAGUUUUGUGCCAGUGUAUGCAGGAAUUAAAGCAGUGGAAUAUAAAGGAGAGAAAUGGAUUGAUGGUGGCCUUACCAAUGGCCUCCCUAUUCUGCCUAUGGGACGAACAGUCACUGUUUCUCCUUUCAGUGGUCGAUUAGAUAUCUGUCCACAAGACAAAGGACAUGUAGAUCUCUAUAUUAAAGUUGCAAAGCAAGACUUAAUGAAAGGCAUCCAGGCUUUAUCUGAAGACCUCAAGAGAUGGAAAAUGCACCACUUCCCUUGUUGUCUGUGGCCAACCUGGUAAGACUUAAUCAAGCUUUAUUCCCACCAAGCCAGAAGAAGAUGGAAUCACUGUACCAAAAUGGAUUUGAUGAUGCUGUACAUUUUCUACUAAAGGAAAACUGGUUUGAAUAGAUUAUGUGCAUGGAAAAUUAACAAUGUCUGAUAGCUGUCAAAACAAAGUACAUGUGUCACUCAGAACCCAAGAUAUUGCUGCCAUGAUUUUUGUUUAUUAAAAUACAAAUUCCAGAGGUAUCGCAUCUGUCAAGAAAAUAUCCAGGUGCUUUGCUAAAAUUGGUCAGCAUGUCAGAAUGGAAAACUGUACUUACAUGGUAAAAGGAUCUGCUGUUUCAAAUAGGUAUAAUAGUAAAAUCUAUUAAAAUUAAAAGAAGGUCGUCAUUUAGGAUGUACAGAACAGACUAGUGUAUUACUUCAUAAAAUACCGAAAAUGUGAUUGUUGACAGUCAUAUAUGAGAUACUCAUUCAGGUUGUGUCCUGAAAAUGUGCACUGUAUCUAGUUCUCUUAAGCUUUGAAUAGUUGUGUACUUUCUCUGUUAAUCUUAUUUUUGUGCACAGUAAUUGACUGGUUGUAAUAUUUCAAGCAUGAACUCUAAUUACAAAGAGACUCUGAGAAACAAAACAAUUUAAUUGCAUUUCUUUAAUUAUAAUACAUGUAUUUUUUCACCAUUAGAACUUUUUGUCCUUUAAAUCAGUUCCAGGACUUUUAAAAUCCUGAAAUACCCAUCUGUUCCAAAAUUUAAGAACAUUUUUUUUCUGCAAAAUAUGUUGGAAAGAAGAUUGCACCAGAUAUUAUUAAUUUUAUUUAUGCAGUGGUUCUUUGUCUACUAAAUUUUAAUAAACUAAUGUAUGUUUGGAA